AGGAAAUAUAAAAACACCUGCAGCGCAUCUCUGCUUCAGUUCACCUUCGCCGUCGCAGCGCGCAUCACCUGCAUCCGACACACGCGGUGUCCGUCGGCUCGUCAUGGAGGCGCAGCGGUACCCCUUCAGCGUCCGUUUAGUCGGAGUGCUGCACAAGGAGAAGUGCAAAAUGUAUAUGACCUCCGUGCUCUGGUCGGACCAGUGUGAGAUUGUAGUUUACAGGACUUUUCCGGAUUUCAAGAACAUGCACAAACAACUGAAGAAAAAAUUCCCAACGGCACACAACAUAAAGCACUCCGACAGAGUCCUUCCCAAGUUUCCAGACAAAAAGUUGACCGCUGGCACCCAGAAAAAAGGUCCAACCAAGUCACUGCAGCGCCUCAAGUUAUUGCAGAAAUAUUGCAAUAAACUUCUGAGCUGCGACCCGCAGGUGUGUCAGUCUGUAGAGCUCAUCCAGUUCUUCCACCCCAAAGCAGAGGACCUGCAGCCAGAUUUUGCCAAGAACAGCAUCAUGAUCUUGCCUUCAGACGAAGACGUCCGCGCCGAAGCAGGACAGGUCAACGGUGGCGGAAACGUGACCCAGCCGUUCGUCACGGAGACGUACAGAUGCAUGGCCCCGUACGAGACCAAAGACACCAAGAACAAACCUUUCAAAGUGGCGCUGGACGAAAAAGUAGACGUGCUCAUCAAAGACCAGGCGGGCUGGUGGCUUGUGGAGAAUGAAGACAAGAAGAUGGCCUGGUUCCCUGCCCCCUACCUGGAGAAGCUUGAUGAGGACGAUGACGCCGACGAUGAAGAUGAUGGAAAUGGGAGCCGUGAACAAGGAGGGGUGUACACUGCGGUCAAGAGCUACAAGGCCACCAAGGAUGACGAGAUAACCGUGGCCAUCGGUUCAGUGGUGGAGGUCCUGCAGAAGUCUGCCAACGGCUGGUGGUUCAUCAGAUACAGCGGUAAAGCGGGCUACAUCCCCUCCAUGUACCUGCAGCCCUACAGCUCCCCUCAUAUCCGCUUGCCAGGCAACCAUCAGGAUCGUCGUUCCUCCGCCCCCUCAAACCUAAUCCUCCCCCCGACUCUGCACUCCAACCAGCUCAGCCUCUCGCAGGGAAACCUGUCGCAUCCUCCACCCGCCAGGCCGUCCUCCCCCAACCUGCUCCGUAUGCCCAGGCAGCAGAGGUCUCACUCGAUGGACACCGCGUCCGACCAACAUCCCUAUCCGCUGACGGCUCGCAUCGUUGCCCCCGCCGCCUACGUUGCCACCCCACCCGUGACUCCAAAGUACGGCCCUCCACCCGUAAUCAAGGUGGAGAUGGACGGAGAAGAGGAGCAGCGUGACACGAGACCAGAGAGCGACGGAAGCUUUUUGAGCGACAGCGACGAUGACCUCAAUUCUUCCUGGGGGAGCUCCUCGUCCUUCAACCUGAGCAAGAGCUACGCCGGGGAGCAGCUGCGUGCCGGCCGCACGCCUCGCCCGACAUGGGGCAACCAGCUGAGCCCGACGAGCAUCACGGAGGGGAGAAUGGUUCCCACUAGCGUCUCCGAACCCAACCUCUUCAAGGGCCCGACGACGCCCACGGUGCCGCCCAGACCGCAGGCUCAGGAGAUCCUCGCCCGGUGCUGCACCGUCACCCGCAAGAACGCGAGCAAAGGCAGAACGUCCCCCCCCAGUCCGGCCGAGAUGAGUCGCUGAAGGGUACACGGCUUCAUCUUUAUUAUCGAGGAACUUUAUCUCUGCCGGGGCCCAAGGAUGGAGUUCUGCUAAUCACAUUUGAAUUAAACUAAAC